CGCACGCGCGCACAGACGAUGUAUAUACAUUGAACUCUGACGGUAGUUGGGUUUCGAUGAUGAAGAACUGAUAUGACAGCUUAAGAGGGGGAUUGGUAAUUAGAUAAGGUCCGCAAAUUUGAGGAAGUGGGUUGCCAUUUUUUGUCUCCUAGUUAGAUCGGAAAGAUCGAUUGGCUGAUUCGUUCUUUCGUUUUUCUCCAUACGGCCAUACCACCAACUUUGUUUUUUAAUAUAUAAAAAUUUAAUUAAAUUAAAUGGGGUUGGCCCAGGACGACAUAUUCAAUUCAUCUAUUGAGAUACAAGUCUGCCUUUGAAAAGAUAGCUAUGAAUGCGUAGAUAUAGGUUGCAACUUGCAAGUUGAAGUGGUUUUGAUGUCUGUGGUAUUUCUCUAUUAUUACAAGGUCAUAGGCUCUUCAAUUGAUAUAUGAAACCUCCUGGCGUCGAAUUGAGCAGCUAAGGGCUAAGGUGUUUGUGCUGGGGAACUGGUUGUGUGAGCAAGCACAGAGUAUGCCUUUCAAAGAAUUCUUCACUGAAUAUGGCGAGGCAAGUCAAUACGAAAUCCAAGAGGUCGUUGGCAAGGGAAGUUACGGGGUUGUUGCUGCUGCAAUUGACACUCAUACAGGAGAGAAGGUGGCUAUUAAGAAGAUCAGUGAUGUUUUUGAGCAUGUUUCUGAAGCCACUCGUAUCAUGAGAGAAAUAAAGCUCCUUCGCUUGCUUCGCCACCCUGAUAUUGUAGAAAUAAAACAUAUAAUGCUGCCUCCAUGCAGUAGAGAGUUCAAAGAUAUCUAUAUUGUAUUUGAGUUGAUGGAAUGUGACCUUCACCAUGUAAUUAAGACAAAUGACAACCUGACACCUGAGCAUUAUCAGUUUUUUUUGUAUCAGCUUCUUCGGGGUCUAAAGUAUAUGCAUUCAGCAAAUGUGUUCCAUCGAGAUUUAAAGCCAAAGAACAUUCUUGCUAAUGCAGAUUGCAAAUUGAAACUGUGUGAUUUUGGGCUUGCUCGAGUCUCAUUUGGUGAUACCCCAUCUGCUGUUUUCUGGACUGACUAUGUGGCAACACGUUGGUACCGAGCUCCUGAACUCUGCGGUUCAUUCUUAUCAAAAUACACACCAGCAAUUGACAUAUGGAGCAUAGGAUGUAUAUUUGCAGAAAUGCUUACUGGAAAACCACUGUUUCCUGGAAAGAAUGUGGUCCAUCAGUUAGAUAUCAUCACUGAUUUAUUGGGCACCCCCUCCGCUGCUUGCAUUUCAAGGAUUCGAAAUGAAAAAGCGAAAAGAUAUUUAAGUGGCAUGAGGAAAAAGUCACCCAUUCCUCUCUCAGAAAAGUUUCCAUAUAUCGAUCAACAAGCUCUUAGAAUACUUGAGCGCUUGAUUGCAUUCGAUCCCAAAGAUCGUCCAUCUGCUGAGGAGGCACUAGCAGAUCCAUAUUUUCAUGGUUUAGCAAACGUGGAAGCAGAGCCCUCUGCUCGUCCAAUUUCCAAAUUUGAAUUUGACUAUGAAAGGAGAAAAUUGACUAAAGAUGAUGUUAGAGAUCUCAUAUACAGGGAGAUUUUGGAGUACCACCCACAGAUCUUGCAGGAGUAUAUUCAUGGCUUCGAUCACACUAGCUUUCUAUACCCGAGCGGAGUUGAUUGUUUUAAGCAACAGUUUGACAUUCUUGAGGGACACCAUGGGAAAAGUGUCAGAAAUGCUCCUAGGCGAUAUGCAUCCUUACCUAGGGAGCGGGUCAAUGUUUCCAUAGACGAAGAUACUGAUCAUGAUGGCGAAUUUGAGCGGCAUGUUGUAGAAGCAGUUGCUCACAAAUGUCUCCACAGCCCAACUGUGUCUCGGGAGAUUAGGAAAUUUGAUGCUGCUGAUGCUUCAGACACAACGAGUCGUUCUUCUCAUAAUGGCCACUGUAUAUCUAGCAAUAACAGUUCCAGCAUUAGCUUUUCCAAGUCUGUUGGUGCCAUAUGGGAGGAUAGCGAGGAUACAGCUUGCAAGCAAUAUGAAAAUGAGAUUAGUAGAUCGCCGAAGGAGCUGGCUUGCAAGCAAUAUGACAAUGGGAUUGGUAGAUCCACAAAGAAGCUAACUGCUUUGUAUGCUUGAAUCUUCAUUAUGGAUGGAGUGUUUUAACGUUGUACUAAUUCUUGGUAAUUGUAUGAUUUAAAACAUAAGAUACUAUUGUCAUUACUAUUGUCAUAUUGUGUUGUACUUGAUUCUGGAAACAAUAUUACGGAGUAUUAUGCUUUGUAUGACUAAUUAAUGUCAAUAUCUAUACUCUAAUUGCUCUCUACUGGGGGCGGUGCUGCGCA